GCGCGGGGACCAUGCCCCUACAAGCUCCGAUGGCGGUGACGUCGUUCCGGAUGCCGAUGCCACAGAACACGACCUUUCUAGCCCCAACUGGUCAGCACCAUGGCCCCUGUCAACCUGACCGGCGCACUUAACGCCGCGGGGCCGUCGCGUCCCCCGCAAGCUACGGAUCCGCAGGUCACUCCUGAUGGUCAUUGCAUCUCAAUUGAGAGCGAUGACGGCGAGUGGGACAUCCUGAGGGCCCACAAGAAGAAGAAAGGAAAAAACAUCCGGCCAGCGACCUCCCGAAACUCCGCCUUCGAAAGGCUGGGGGAUAGGGAGGAAGGCCAGAGGAAGUCAGCCAAGCAAAGGCUGGGGCAGAGCGUUGCCCAUGUCAGCGCGUUCGCCCGGCUAGGCGAGGUGCGGGAGGCCGAGCCUGCCCGCACCCGGCGCUCCCGGUCUAACCGGCAGGAGCCAGCGAGGACGAGGGCCUCCCACCAGGAAGGGGAGGCAGAAAGCCAGCCCAGGUUACCGGUGGCGAACCGGUUAGCCAUCCUAAACGACCGCGUCCAGCAGAUGGAGGCAAAGCUGGAAAGGCUGGAAAAGAAGGUCGGAGAGAAGAAUGAUCGGGACAAACCCCUGGCAGGGUCCCCGUUCACCACAAGGGUCCAUCUGACACCUUUCCCGCGAAAGGUCAGGAUCGACGCCCCCAGAUUCACCGGGAAGGAAGAUCCGGAAAUCCAUCUGGACUCCUUCAACCAGAGUGCGACCAUGAACGGUUGCACCGAUGAAGAAAAGUACCUUCUUUUCUUCCAGACCUUGCGGAACCGAGCCACUGAAUGGUUCAAUAAGCUUCGCCCGGGAAGCAUUGACUCGUUCAGUGAUUUGGCCUCAAAGUUCAAGGCCAAGUUCCAGGAGAAUUGUACUAAGAGGAAGAGGUUCACCUAUCUUAGUACAGCCGGGCAGAGGGAAUCUGAGAACCUCGCUCAAUUCCUUACCCGGUGGAAGGAAGAGGUGGACAAGGUGGAAGAGAUGGAUGACAAGAUCGUCCUAUCCCUCCUCUUGAAUGGCUUGCGUGCUGGGGAACUAUACAAGGAAUUCUGCCGGAAACCCCCAGCCACGUACCAAGAAGCCUACCAUACUGCAUGGGAGUUUGCUGAAGCCGAAACCCAGCUCCGAGCAAAGAGAGAAGCUAAGCAUGGUCACAAGUCCAAGCCGGUACAAGUCAAGAAGGAAGAAGCACCAGGACCUAGCCGGCCGAGGCACCACUAUGACCUGGUCAUCCGAGUGGUCAAUACGGAGGAAUGCCAAGAAGUCCGGAAAGCACUGGUCAUUCCUCCAGAAAACCCUACCGGUCAAGUAGGGCGGCAGUGGUCGGGCACCUAUUGUUCAUACCACAGGUCAGAUUCCCAUAACACCUCCGAAUGUAAAAGUGUUAAGGGGGUCAUCCGGCAGAUGAUCGAUAGCGGAGAGCUGGGCAAAGAUUACUUGCAGAAAGCCCAGGAGAAGAGUCAUCAAUGGGUUAGGCCAGCUGCCCCAGGGAAUGACCGGGACAAUGACCGGCGAAGGAAUAACCGGCCAAGGGAGCGGCAACCUGCCCCCGAAAAAGAACACAUCGGCAUGAUCUUCGGCGGACCCGAGGGCGGAGAUUCAGCCGCGCAGCGGAAGAACUGGGUCCGGAGCAUUUACGUGGGAGAA